AGGAGAUAUUCAAUUGCGGAGGGGAAAUAAUAAUUUGCGAUACACCGCAUUGGAGAUCCUUGGGUGUCUUUUAUCAUAUCAUCUGUCCAUAUAUAUAAUUCAGAGCUUUAGCUCGCAAUAAUCAUACUUCAACGCUUCCAAUUUCCAACCUCAGCGCCCAGGGGAGCGUGGAAAUGUCAACAACUGCCACGCGCAAGGCAAUGCCGUCGGCAUUGACCUUUGAUUUAAUAGCUAAGUGCUCUACAACCAAAGCUCGCGCCAGCACCCUCCAUCUUCCACAUGGAGCUGUGCCACUUCCGAUCUUUAUGCCCGUUGCUACGCAAGCCUCUUUGAAAGGACUUACGCCAGAACAGCUGGCACAAACAGGUUGCAUGCUCUGCUUGAAUAAUACGUAUCAUUUGGGACUGAAGCCGGGUCAAGCGGUGUUGGAUCAAGUAGGCGGUGCACACAAGUUGCAAGGAUGGGAUCGAAAUAUCCUAACCGACAGUGGUGGGUUCCAGAUGGUCUCUCUCCUGAAACUAGCAAAAGUUACGGAGGAAGGUGUUCGGUUUCUCAGUCCACACGAUGGAACGCCGAUGCUCCUAACACCAGAACACUCGAUUUCGUUACAGAAUUCAAUCGGUUCAGAUAUCAUCAUGCAGCUAGAUGACGUUAUUGUCACUACCUCUCCUGACAAGGCUCGGAUGAAAGAGGCCAUGGAGCGCUCUGUGCGAUGGCUAGAUCGUUGUAUUGACGCCCACAAAUAUCCUGAACGUCAGAAUCUGUUCUGCAUUAUUCAGGGAGGUCUAGACCUAGAAAUGCGGAGGCAAUGCUGCGCAGAAAUGGUGGCUCGAGACACCCCGGGUAUCGCAAUAGGUGGGCUCUCAGGUGGUGAAGCGAAGGAGGACUUUUGCAAAGUGGUGGAUACUUGUACUGGCCUUCUUCCCGAAAAGAAGCCUAGAUAUGUCAUGGGUGUUGGAUACCCCGAAGAUCUCGUUGUAUCUGUGGCUCUGGGUGCAGACAUGUUUGAUUGUGUCUGGCCAACAAGGACAGCACGUUUCGGAAAUGCUGUAACCAGCUAUGGAACAUAUAAUCUCCGCAACCAUUCUUAUGCGGCCGAUUUCUCUCCUAUAGAAGAAGGCUGCGAAUGCAUCUGCUGCCGGUCCACUGAAAAGGGCGGCCUCGGAAUAACCAAGGCAUAUAUCCACCAUCUUGCUGCAAAAGAGACAGUUGGUGCUCAUUUACUUACAAUGCACAAUGUACACUACUUGCUCUCUCUCAUGGGCUCCGUCAGACAAGCCAUCAUAGAAGACCGCUACCCCGAUUUCCUUCGCGAGUUCUUCGAGAAGCUCUACAAGAACAAAUCGGAUAUACCAAAGUGGGCUGUCGAGGCAUUGCGCGGCGUAGGAGUUGAUCUGCUGUCAGAAUAGAAAGGCUACUAUUUUUACUUUUUUUUCUUUUUCUUUUUCUUUUUUUUUUUUUUUGGUGGGC